CCGGUACGGUACCGUAAGUUUAGAAUGCGGGAAAUUUGUUUUACCUUUUUGGAUUUUAUGUUGGCUGCUAAAAAAUAAUCUACAUGUACCUUAUCUUAUUUUUGGGACUCAAACUCGCCUCAAUGGAACUGUAGUCAAUGAGCUCAGUAUCACUGGACCCCCUUCUCAAGCUUAUGAAGGUACUGAGUCGGUUCGUAUCACAAGGAUUCCUCAGUUCCUGUACCCAACAUAUUGGCCACACUUAUGUGAUUUCAUUAGGGGAAGACAUUUUCGUCACGAUUGGCCACCAUGUCGAAUACGAGAGACGAGGUCGCUAAGAAGCUUCAUCACUGGGCUACAAAAGAAAUGCAUUUCAUUCCUCAAGGAAAGUAUGUCAACGCACCAGUGCCCUCACCGGAAGACUUCAGGGAGGUCUGCCGUGGUAAUCUUCUCCCAGUAUGGAAGUAUGUCCUAGAGCAUGUGCAUUCUGCUCAGAAAGUUCACAAGAUCAAAGGCAAUCUGACACUAAAAAGCCUGCACAGCAAGAGUUCAUCCUACAGGGUCAGGUACCAGGGAGAUACCAAGUUUUCAGCAGAGAGGGAGGAGCUGGUCAAGAGACGGAGGGACCUGCAGGCCAAGGUCACCGGGGUCAAGACAGAUAUUCAGCACCUUGAUGAGUUCUUACAGAAGCUUGAGAAACAGAUUAUAUCAGCAGAAGAACAAUAUCAACAAAGCUGUGAUAAAGUGUCAAGCAUACAUCACAAGAGGGCGCUUUUGAAGCAGUUUUCAACAGACUGUAAGGCCGAUGCUGCCCGUUACUUGGAGUAUCAGAAACGGCUUGAGGGUAGACUACAGCAAUUCAAACCAUCGGGAAGCAACGAGGGCAGCAGAUCAGAUCAGAGGUAUUUCAGUCGCCAUGGUACAAAGAGAGGAGAAAGGACAGACUCGCCAACGUUAGAAACUGCAUGCACUAAAAAUGUGAGGGAUGCAUGCGGUGAGAUCACUGUUUUCCUGAGGGAGAUGUUACAAGGGAAAUACUCCAACAAUCAGCAGUCAUUGCAAUCAAGUAAAGACAAAAUCUGGACAGAGAUUGAGAAGGUCAUGGCUGAGAAUCCCCCACAGGAUGUCCUCCAAUCCUUAGCAACCAUCACCUUGGAAACGACCCAUGACCUGAGACAGAUGACGACCGGCAUUGACAUCAAGAAAGAUGCUGAAGAACUCAGAUUUAGAUAUGAGUCCGGAGCUCUUUACCAAGACACGUCAACAGGACCAAGUCAGCUACAGAGUGUGCACCAAAUGAUUGAGGAGAAGCAAGCCUCCCACAUCCACACUUUCAUGGAGGCAGAGAAGAGUAGGAAUCGAGCUUGGAAGCUGGACAAACAGUUGGUGGAUACAACAGCAGCUGUGGAUGGAAAACUAGCCGCUAUGUUCAGCAAUAAUCCAGGUGCUUUGGAACUUGCCAGAAAAUUGUUCAGUACGGAGCUAGAGGCAUCGUCUGCGAAUGCCGCCCUCCAGUGCCUGAGGAGCCUGAAGAAUGACCUUUCGGAGGUCGCCGCUACGGAGGGACAGGUCAAGGAGGCCCUCUAUGCCAAGCACCAGAAGAUACAGGAUUUUAAAGGACUAAGCGAUCAGAAGCAGAACCUCAUUCAAGUUCUUGUCAGACAGAACAUGGAUGGGAGAAAGAAACUAGAAGAUAAACAAAAAGAGCUCGGUAGGUACAUCGAGCAGAAGCUCAGUGCUCAUAAAGCUGGUUCUGCUACCAUGACAACCAAGCUAAAGAAUCGCAUCACCCGGGAGGUCGACCUCUUUGCAUCACUCCCUCUUCAUCUUCUCCAGAUAACUGCUCUAGAAAGUGGAGAGGAUGUUCCUGUGUGUCAGCUGUCAAUCAAUCGCCUGUCUAACCAAUCACCAUCAGCGGGAGGCGGAGUCUUGCAGGAGAUCUUGGCGGCCUUGAACUACCCCAUGUACAAGGCCCCAGAAUGUCUCUUCCCCUAUCUGUCGGAACUGAAAAUAGAGAUGGCGGACAUCGAGGGGAUCCUUGAAUCGCAGAAGGUCCUUGGUUACUAUGGCAACAGCGAGGAAACCGGUCAAGACAUCAUCAAGCACAUUCAAGGUUUAUGUAAGGAUGUGGAGUCUCAUGCUAAGGAACAGACCAGAAGACUUCUGCCUGUCCUGCAGAAAAGACUAGCUGAGGCUACCAGUGCCAUGAGCCAUUGUAUGAAGUCAAGAGAACAUGUCACUGCUUGGUGGGACCAGCCGGCCCAACAUUUGACCCCUUGGGUCAGGGUAGAAGGUCAAACGAUGCAACAGUGGCUUGACAAAUGGAUGAUGAUUGCUACUCAGAUCAAGCAACUUGACAAAUGAACAACAGAGGGCCAUUAUAGCGAUAAUAGCCCUGAGGUCAUUUUGUUAGUUACAUACGACUUUACUGAACAUUUGACCCCAUGGAUCAAGGUCGAAGGUCAAAUAAUAAUGGCUCGACAAAUAAAUGAUUGCUACUCAGAUUUAGCAUCUUGACAAAU